GGCGUCAAUGGCUGUCAAGUCUUACUAACUUUGUACAGAAGGCACGGUGGUUGUACAAGGCAAUCCAAAAACAUCGUCUUUACAAGAGCUUGUUUUGGUAAAUUAGCCCUUAAUAUUUAUAGUUUACAGUCAUAUUAGUAGAUUAAAGCAAAAAAUGCCAGAAGCAAAGGCCCCACAAGCCGCCAAGAAAACGCCAAACCCAUCGUCAAGCAAGCAAGAUGCUUUCAAGGACAAGGAAAAGCCUACAGAAAUACGAAUGACCAAUAUAACUGCCGCAAAAGCCGUGGCAGAUGCAGUACGAACAAGUCUUGGACCCAAAGGGAUGGAUAAAAUGAUCCAAGCUGGAAAUGGAGAUGUCACUAUUACCAAUGAUGGAGCAACAAUUUUGAAACAAAUGCAAGUACUUCAUCCAGCUGCAAGAAUGCUUGUAGAGCUAUCUAAAGCUCAAGAUAUAGAGGCUGGUGAUGGUACAACCACUGUAGUCGUCAUAGCUGGAAGUCUUCUUAAUGCAGUAGCAAAGCUCUUAGAAAAAGGAAUCCACCCAACAAGCAUUUCAGAGUCAUUUGAAAAGGCUUCAUUAAAAGCUGUGGAAAUUCUGACCAAUAUGUCAACACCAUUAUGCCUGACUGAUAGAGACUCACUAUUAAAGAGUGCAACAACAGCUCUCAACUCCAAGGUGGUGUCCCAGUAUUCCAGUUUACUUGCACCAAUCUCUGUGGAUGCUGUGAUGAAAGUCAUUGAUCCUACAGUAGCAGACAAUGUCGACCUCAGAGAUAUCAGAAUCAUCAAAAAAUUAGGUGGCACUGUUGAUGAUACAGAGCUUGUAGAAGGACUUGUUCUGGAACAAAAAAUCUCUCACUUAGCUGGUGGUAUAUCACAGGUGGAGAAGGCUAAGAUUGGACUCAUCCAGUUCUGCAUUUCACCUCCAAAAACUAAUAUGGAGAACCAAGUCAUUGUCAGUGAUUACACUCAAAUGGACCGUGUGCUUAGAGAGGAAAGACAGUAUAUUUUAGAAAUAUGUAAAAAGGUCAAAAAAGCAGGAUGCAAUGUCCUUCUUAUCCAAAAAAGCAUUUUGAGGGAUGCUGUCAAUGACCUGGCCCUUCACUUCCUUAACAAAAUGAAAAUUCUUGUUGUCCGUGAUAUUGAAAGAGAUGAAAUUGAAUUUAUCUGCAAGAGCAUUGGUUGCAAGCCUAUUGCAAGUCUUGAUCACUUUACACCUGAGAUGUUAGCGUCUGCAGAACUUGUAGAAGAGGUUCCAGUAGGGACCAGCAAAGUUGUCAAGAUAACAGGAGUUGCUAACCCUGGUAAAACUGUCAGUAUACUUGUACGAGGCUCAAAUAAACUUGUCUUGGAAGAGGCUGAUCGAUCUAUCCAUGAUGCAUUGUGUGUCAUACGCUGCCUCGUUAAGAAAAAAGCUCUAAUAGCUGGCGGUGGUGCACCAGAAAUAGAAGUAGCCUUACAGCUAGCACAGUAUGCUCAGACACUAACAAGUACAGAUGCCUAUUGUGUAAGGGCUUUUGCAGAGGCCUUGGAAAUCAUUCCUUACACAUUGGCAGAGAAUGCAGGGCUGAAUUCCAUUUCAACUGUAACUGAACUCAGAAACAAGCAUUCGCAAGGUGAAGUUGCAGCUGGCAUCAAUGUUAGAAAGGGAACGAUCACCAACAUUCUUGAGGAAAGUGUGCUGCAGCCUUUGUUAGUUUCUACUAGUGCUAUCCAACUCGCCGCAGAAACUGUUAGAAGUAUUUUAAAGAUUGAUGACAUUGUGAAUGUUCGAUAAUCCUGGCGUUGUGAUGAUAGACAGUCAUAUAGGGAGUGACUAUAUAGUGUGUUGAAAUGAAAUAAAAUUGGAAUGCUUGGUGUCAACACUG